UUGCAACAGCUGGAGAGACACUGUUCGGAAGACACUGGGAUAAGUGAUGCGUCCUGCUGGGAGUUGUAGUACUGCAAUUAGUCAUCAUUGCACACGAGGCUCAUAUGGAUAAGUGAUGCAUCCUGCUGGGAGUUGUAGUUCUGCAACUGAUUAUCAUUGCACACAAGACUCAUAUGGAUAAGUGAUGCACCCUGCUGGGAGUGGUAGUUUUGCAACAGCUGGAGACACACUGUUUGGAAAACACUGGGAUAAGUAGUGCAUCCUGCUGGGAGUUGUAGUUCUGCAAUUAGUUAUUGCACACAAGGCUCAUGGAUUAGUGAUGCAUCCUGCUGGGAGUUGUAGUUCUGCAAUUGGUUCUCAUUGUACACGAGGCUCAUAUGGAUAAAUGAUGCACCUGCUGGGAGUGGUAGUUUUGCAACAGCUGGAGACACACUGUUUGGAAAACACUGGGAUAAGUAGUGCAUCCUGAUGGGAGUUGUAGUUCUGCAAUGGGUCAUCAUUGUACACAAGGCUGAUAUGGAUAAGCCAUACAUCCUGCUGGGAGUUGUAGUUCUGCAAUUAGUUAUUGCACACAAGACUCAUAUGGAUAAGUGAUGCGUGCUGCUGGAAGUGGUAGUUUUGCAACAGCUGGAGACACACUGUUUGGAACACACUAGGAUAAGUAGUGCAUUCUGCUGGGAGUUGUAGUUCUGCAAUUAGUUAUUGCACACAAGGCUCAUAUGGAUAGGUGAUGCAUGUUGCUGGGAGUUGUAGUUCUGCAAUUGAUUAUCAUUGCACACGAGACUGAUAUGGAUAAGUGAUGCACCCUGCUGGAAGUGGUAGUUUUGCAACAGCUGGAGACACACUGCUUGGAACACACUAGGAUAAGUAGUGCACCCUGCUGGGAGUUGUAGUUCUGCAAUUAGUUAUUGCACACAAGGCUCAUAUGGAUAAGUGAUGCAUCCUGCUGGAAGUGGUAGUUUUGCAACAGCUGGAGACACACUGCUUGGAAAACACUGGGAUAAGUAGUGCACCCUGCUGGGAGUUGUAGUUCUGCAGUGGGUCAUCCUUGCACACGAUAAGCCAUACAUCCUGCUGGGAGUUGCAGUUCUGCAGUGGGUCAUCCUUGCACACGAUAAACCAUACAUCCUGCUGGGAGUUGUAGUUCUGCAGCAGCUGCUCCAGCUCUUCCCUCUCCUGCAGUCUCCUCCUCCUCCAUGUCGUUGCCCUGCUGUCUCCUGCUGACGUGUCUGCCUCUCUCUGCUCAUGCUCCCUCCUCCCUCCUCCAUGCACAGGACACUGCCACCCUGCUGCUGACAUGGCUGCAGCCGGAGCCCCCAUCUACCUCCUGCUCUUGUUAUGGCAGCCCCUCCUCAGCAGCAGCAGCAUGGCCCGGGACAGGAGGUUCUCUGACACCAAGCGCUGUGCUGACCCAGAAUGUAGCAAAUUGAUGUGCCGGGGUAAAGCCAUACGAGAUUUCACGGGGCCGGACUGUCGAUUUGUGAAUUUUAAAAGGGAAGAAAUAAUAUAUGUUUACCACAAGUUAACGGGGAGAUCGACGGACCUUUGGGCGGGAAGUGUGGGCACUUAUUUUGGAUAUUUCCCAAAGGAUCUUGUAGAUAUUAAACAAGUUUACACAACAGAUGAGCUGGAGCUGCCCACAGAUGAUACAGAUUUUGUUUGUUUCGAGGACGGAAGUGAUAACUUUGCUAGUUACGAUGUUGAUGAACUUUUAAACAAACAAAAAGGAAGCACAAUGGGUAGUGAAACAUCACCAGAGGGAUCACCUUCUCCAGAGAUGGAAACACCACCUGUGAAGGAAUCUUCUCCAACUUCUGAAUCCCCUUCAGAAGAAGAAACUGGUACAGAGGAUGAAGCCACAAAAGACGAGCUUGAGGCACCACUAAAUGAUCCUUCUGCUUCAGAACCUGAAAUUCCAAAUUUAGAUCAACCUGAUCCAAUAUCAGAAACCACACUGGAUGAUCCUUCAGCUUCAGAAUCUGAAGACCCCUCAACUUUGGAGCCUGAAAAUGAGUUAGAAAGUGAUUCUGAGUCUGAUAACGUACAAGAAGAGCCACCUCCUUCAGAUUCCGAGACGUCAAAAGGGCUUCCUUCUGCCUCAGAAUCCCUAGACGUCCCCAUACCUGAACACCAAGAAAAAGUUGAAGACCACCUAGAAAGCUCAGAAGACAAAACUGAGUUGAGCAAGAAGGCAGGUAAAGAACCAGCUGAAAGUGUGGUUUCCCCAGAAGAUAAGAAUGUACCUAGUCCCAUUGUAAAUAUUCCCCCCAAAAAUUCUCAGGAAGGCAGCAUUGCACAAGAUGCAUUAAACACGAAAAGUGAAUCCCAAGUGCCAGUUAGUGAACAAGCCAAAAAUGACAGCAUUUCUCAGGGAGAACCUAGUGAACCUGAAGAAGAAAACAAGAACUUUGAGUCCUAUACCCUGCUGGACAAGGAAAAGAUACCAAAAUUGAGGACCAGAGUUGGCUCGACAGGCGAUGCUGUUGUGUCUGAUGACGUAGAAACUAGAAGAGUAACAAUGAAUGAUGAAUAUCUUUAUGAAGAUGUGGAUAGAGAUGAUAAACCCUAUGAAGGAGACUUGGAAGAGGACCUCAGUGAAGAGUCCAUUGAACCCCCUUUGCUAUCUUUUGAAAACUCUGAUGUGAAGAAAAAAAAUGAAAAGAAUAAGGACUUUGAAUCCUAUACCGAUAUAGACAAGGAAGUUAUUUUAAAAUUGAAGACCAAAGUUGGAACAACAGGCGAUGCUGUUGUGACUGAUGAUGAAGAGACUAGAAGGGUUACAUCUGAUGAUAAAUAUCUUGAUGAAGAUGAGGACAGAGGGGAUGAACCCCAUAAAGCAGAAUAUGAAGAGGAACCUAGUGAAGAGUCCACUGAACCUCCUUUGUUAUCUUUCCAAGAAUCUGAUGUGAAGGAAAAAAAAGAAAAGUCUAAGGACUUUGACUCCUAUUCCCUAAUAGACAAGGAUGUUAUUCCAAAAUUGAAAACCAAAAUUGGCUCAACAGGCGAUGCCAUUGUGUCUGAGGAUGAGGAGACUAAACGUGUUACUUUGCAUGAUAAAUAUCUUGAUGAAGACGAGGAUAGAAAGGAUAAACCCGACGACGCUGAAUUUGAAGAGGACUUUGAUGAAGAGUCCAUGAGCCCUCUUUUAUUAUCUUUCGAAAGAUCUGAUGUGGGGAAACAAGAAGUAGAGAAUAAGGACUUUGAAUCCUAUACCCUUAUAGAUGAGGAAGUUAUUCCGAAAUUACAGACUAAAAUUGGCUCAACAGGCGAUGCUGUUGUAUCUGAUGAUGAGGAGACCAGAAGAGUUACAUUGGAUGAUAAAUAUCUUGAUCAAAAUGAGGAUAGAAAGGAUGAGCCCCCUGAAGCAGACCUUGAAAAGGGCGUUACUGAAGAGUCAAUGGAACCCCCUUUGCUAUCUUUUGAAGAAUCUGAUGUCAAGUUAUUUGAUCAGAAGAUUUUUGAAAAUGAUUCUUCCUCUAGAACCCCGCUUGAAGCAAAAACAACACCUCCUGAAGAGGAGGUGAAUGUCUCUGUAGGUCAUGCAACACCGCUAAAGCAAGAAAAAAACAUACUGACCUCAUGGGGAGACACCAUCUUUGCCAUUGUCAGUGGUGGGGAACACACAAGGGACGUCACUGAUGUUGAUGACCCCGAUUCUGAGGAAGAGGAAGAUGAAGAACCAGUUGAAGACUUGGAAGAAGACAACAAUGUGUAUUUACUUGGUAUGGAGAAAAACAGUGUUAGGCAUGAAAACUCAGAGCCACCUUUCGAUGAUGACCUGUAUAUUUUAGAAGAAGAACUGGUAGAGGAGACCUUGUCUGCUGUUGAGGGUGAGCAAGCUUUGCAAACCGAACCAAAGAUCAACAUCACUUCUAACAGCUCAUCUGAAAAUGCAGUUAAAGUGUCCUCUGAUGAUAGAACUUCUCCCAAUAGUGAAGGUGAUGCAGAAUCAAUAACUGGAGAACAAGAAGUCCUACAUCAAUCUGGUAAUGUAGAUGUAAAAGUAGCAAGUGAAUCCCCAGCCGAGAAAAAGGAAACUGAAAAAAACAAUAAUGGUUCAGAAGAUAUUCAACUAACAUCUAAAGAGAAGGAUGUAUCUGCACAGGAGAAGGCCAAAUUGGUGGAGGCUUCUGGGGCAACACUUUCCGAAACAGAUGAUAAAGAAACAUUGGAAAAUCCAAGCAAAGAUCUUAAAGAAAACAUAGAGAAAAAGAUAGUGGACACAAACAUUGACAUUCUACAUCAGGCAGCUUCAGAAGAUAAUGAAGAAAAGAUUGAGAAGCUACGAUUAUCUGAGGAAACCAAGCUUGAAAAACCCCAAACCAGUGAGGAUCAGGCUGGGGAUGUAAAAUCUGACUUGGGAAAUCCCAAACCUACAAGUGAUACGAUCUUAGCUGAACCCCCAAAAGAAGGGGAAGAUACACAGCAAUCAAUUUCUGUACCACAGGCUAAAGAGAAUGAAGAGCAAACGUCAAAUACAACAGAAGGGUCUACAGAUAAGGAUAAUCCUGCUGGGAAUCAUUCAGGCAACUCAAACAAAGAUGGUAAUGGUUCACCCAAACAAGAAGGGGGUACAGGAAAUUCUGAGCUUCCAGGAAAUCUGACCAACCCAGACUCAUUGAAGUCAGAUAAUUCUGAUGUAGGACGAAAAGUAGAUAAUAAGCAACUGGACAAUGCAGACGGUAUCUUACCAGACGUCCAAGAAGAAGAGAACUCGGAGGUGUAUGAAGAAGAGACUGAUGAUGAAGAGACUGAUGAGGAAAAUGAGGAUGGAUUGUUAGAAGAUGAAAAUGCUGUUAAUGCUACACGAUCUAGGCAACUGGAAACUGACAGUGGAAACAAUGUAGCGACAUCAGAGUCUAACAUCACGAUGUCUGGAGAAAAGAAAGAAAGCCCAUCUGAAAAUGAAGGAAACACACAAGCUUCCAUUGUAGAAAACAUUGAGGAUAAAAACCAUACAGUGUCUGAACCAAAUGAGGAAAUAAUGGAGACAACAAAAGGUGAAGAAAAAACGGCCGACAAUCUGAAUAAGAACACGGCUGAAGAAACCCAACAGGAGACACCAGAAGAUGAGGAAAAGAAGGAGGCUUCUUAUCUUGAAAGUAUUACCUCCCUUUCCAUAAUGAGGGAAUAUAUAGAUGAAGUCCGCAUAGCGCAGUUCACAAAGUACCUCAACCUUGACAACGUCAUGAGACUGGAAGCCAUGUUUCACGACAUGGACUCUGAGAUGAAGCGCGCACGAAAGGAUAAUGUACGCCUGGAUUAUAUCGACAAAGCCCUGGACCAGAUCUUAGAAAUAUCUGAAAGCAAUAUACUUGACUUUGUUGAGAGCGUCUUAGAGUCAAGAGAGGCAAAUGGCGAUGAGAUCCAUGUAACCGAGAAGGAAAUGGUUGAUGAGGAGGCAGCUUUACUGGAUGAUGUCCAGGAGAUUUCCUAUAGGCUCCGACAGAAACAUUCAAGUUUCAGUGACAGCUCUGUGCUUGUGCCAGGAGCUCAGGACCCAGAUGUGGUGGAAAAAGAAGACAAGACAGGAGUGGAAAAUGUGAAAAAAGAGGACAGCCCAGAGUCUGAACAGAGCCCAGGGGAGACCACCACAGUACAAGACCCACAAGUGGAUGAGACCUUAAAAACUAACAGUAAAGAGGAACCUACAAUAUCAGAGCCAAAAGUGGAGACCACCACAGUACAAGACCCACAAGUGGAUGAGACCUUAAAAACCAACACUAAAGAGGAAACUUCAAUAUCUGAGCCCAAAGUGGAGACCACCACAGUACAAGACCCACAAGUGGAUGAGACCUUAAAAACCAACACUAAAGAGGAAACUUCAAUAUCUGAGCCCAAAGUGGAGACCACCACAGUACAAGACCCACAAGUGGAUGAGACCUUAAAAACUAGCACUAAAGAGGAACCUACAAUAUCAGAGCCGAAAGUGGAGGAGGCCACAGUACAACCACCAGAGAACCACAACAACGAACCAGAACUUGUCUCUCCCACUGAAGACCCGGUGGAUUCAAUCACACCUCAACCAGAUGUAGACAUAUCUCAUAGUGAGGAGAAACCUCAACCAGUCACCUCUGAUGAUGAAGCAGUAAAUACAGAAGAGACAGAAUUGCCCUCAUUGUCCUCCGUGUUCUCUUCCAUGGGCAGCGCUCUCCUUGCAACCAAGAAAAGUUUAGCCCCGGUUGCCAGCCUGCUCGUCUCGUCUCUGCCUGAAGACUUCCAGCCCGGGCCGGAUUUCUAUGGUGUGCACUGGGAGCCGGUCAUCAUCACCUUCCUACUGGGAAUUCUCUCCUUCUUGAUCUUCUUUUGGAGGACAUGUCUGUCGGUGAAGAGCAGAAUGUAUCAAGUGAGUGAAAAGCAACUUGCGGAGAAGAUCGCUGCACUGAUGAAACAGAAGAGUGAAGCUUUGGAGAAAAUAUCAGAGUUUGAACAAAAGAUAAAAGAGGCGAAGGAGUCUGAAGGCAAGACGCAGCAGAAGAGCACGCACCUGCAGGAAGAGGCCGCAGCAUUCAAGGUGACUAUAAAGGAGCUGAAGAAUAACAACAAGCACUUAGAUGCCAAAAUGAGGAACUUAAUACAAGAGUUAGAGUCUCAGAAGGAGCAGAACAAGAGGAAGCAGGAAAUGAUCUAUGAAGGGCACAAAUCUAUAGAGCAACUUAAAGAACAAUUAGGGCUGAACUCGGCAGAGCUCUCAGAGCUGCAAAUUGCAUUAAAUGAGGCGAAAAUGAAAGAGCAGAAGGUUCGCAAUGACCUCCGGGUUUUCCAAGAGGAGAACGCCCGGCUGAAGGAUAGAAAGGAGCAGUUGCUGAAAGAAGCCGACGGAUGGAGUGAGAGACAGCGGGAGCUCGAUGAGCAAAUCCAGCUCCAGCAGAAAUCUCACAAAGAUCUGGAGGAAGCUCUGGCCUACAAAGAGAAUGAGAUCGAGGUCCUGACUAACUGCAUCGUGCAACUGAAGCAGCUGGAAGAGGAUUCUGGCACUGGAGACAGUAGUGGCUGGCAAAUGGCUGGAGAAGGGGAGAUGGAAAAUGGAGAAGUACCAGAGAAACGAAAAGAAAAGAUGAAGAUGCAAAUAAAGCAGAUGAUGGACGUUUCUAGGGUAGGACUGUUUCCUCCACCACUCACUCAGGUCAAAACAAUGCUGUCGAUCAUCGAGGAAGAGAAAGAUUUAUAUCAACGAAAACUGUCUGAUGAGAUUUCUGCACGACACGAUCUGGAAGAGCAAAUCAAGCAACUACAGCACGACACCAGCUCCCUGCAGUCUGACAAGACGCGGAUGGACAACGAAUGCAAAACUCUGCGCCAGAAAGUGGAGAUUCUAACUGAGCUUUACCAGCAGAAGGAAAUGGCGCUACAGAAAAAACUAACCCAGGAAGAGUAUGAGAGACAAGAAAAGGAGCAGAAGUUAACCGUAGCAGAUGAAAAAGCUAUCCUGGCCAGUGAAGAAGUAAAAAUAUACAAGCAGCGUAUUCAAGAAAUGGAAGAGGAACUGCAAAAAACGGAGCGAUCCUUUAAGAAUCAGAUUGCAAGUAAUGAAAAAAAGGCUCACGAAAACUGGCUCAUCGCUCGGACAGCAGAAAGAACUUUGGCAGAAGAGAAACGAGAGUGUGCAAAUUUACGGCAAAAAUUAAUUGAAGUAAACCAAAGGAUCGCAGCCCUGCAGAGACCAUCCAUAGUAAAACCAACUCCAGGAAGACCUGACCACCAGCCCCCACCAAGGAGAGGUACCCUGAGCAGGGACGGCUCUUUUGGCCCUUCACCAGUAAGUGGGGGAGCACCGUCCCCUCCGAGAAUGAUGGACAUGUCUGUCCGAUCCGCCUCAGCCAAUCUCAGCAGAUCAGAGGACUUGAAAGGUGGAGGCGAUACUUCUGGACCCAGACGCCCCCAUGCUGAGGUAUCUGGAAGAACUUCUGCACCUGUGGACCUCGGUCAUUCCAAUGCAGUGUUAAAUAGUGGCCCGAGAACAUCAUCGCCCGCUGUGGAUGGAUUGCCUGCCCCGUCUAAUGAGCGUGAGGCGCCCAGUUUACCCGCUAGUUCUACCCAGGCCGAGGAACCUGCUCCAGUCAUGCCCGUAGCCAAAGGCCCGCCAUCUUUUCCUGGCACUCCAGUAAUUAAUUCUUCUGCUGCUGCUCCCAUCAUGCAUCCUGCUCGAAUGAUUGGUUCUACACCACCCCCCCGAGGAGCUUUCGGUCCACGACCGCCGCAGAUGCAUGGUCCUCCACUGGGUGUUAGAGACUUUCCACCAAGACCUAUGAUGCCACCUGGUGCAAUGCCUCCACCAGAUCCAAGGGGUCUCAUCCGAGGGCCCUUCCCGCCAGGGCCUAUCCCUAUGCAUGGUCCUAGAGAUUAUCCAGGAUCAAGGGACUUCCCCCCUGGACUUCCACCACCAGGACCAAGAGAUUUCCCACCAGGAGCUCGGGACUUCCCACCAGGAGCUCGGGACUUCCCACCCGGUCCACCUCCAGGAGCUCGGGACUUCCCACCCGGUCCACCUCCAGGAGCUCGGGACUUCCCACCCGGUCCACCUCCAGGAGCUCGGGACUUCCCACCCGGUCCACCGCCUCCAGGAGCUCGGGACUUCCCACCCGGUCCACCUCCAGGAGCUCGGGACUUCCCACCCGGUCCACCGCCGCCAGGAGCCUGGGAUUUCCCACCUGGUCUUCCACCUCCCGGAGCUCGUGACUUCCCACCAGGACUAAUUCCUCCUGGUAUAAGAGAUUUUCCACCUGGAGCCAGAGAUAUCCCACCAGGGCUCCCGCCUCCAGGAGCUCGGGACUUCCCACCAGGAUCCAGAGAAUUUAUACCAGGAGUCCCCCCACCCGGAGCCAGAGAUUUCUUACCAGGGCCACCACCUGGUUCUAGAGAAUUCCUGACAGGACCUCCACGAGGAGGCAGAGACUUCCCACCUCACGGUCCUCUUCCAGCAGGAGUCAGAGACUUACCCCCAGGAUCUCACCCCGGAGUCCCUGCUGGGCCUUCAUUAUCCGAGCAGCGAGCGCCUCCACCAGGACAUAGUCAACCAAUUCAGACAGAUCACGAACUUUCCAAAGGUCAAAAAUCCUAAAAAUUAAAGUGUAGACUGAUAGGACACAAUCUUUGGCGCAGUUCAUAAUGGUUCAAACGUUACCGGUUUACAUAAACGUCUGAUUUAUAAUUUCAUGUGUCUUAUAUUUGCAAUAAAUAUUUUAUUCUCGUCAAUCUACUUAGGAUUUUUUAAUGUUCAAAUAAUUAUGCAUCAAAAAUUAUAUAUUUUUUUUUAACCGCCUGAGAAACCGGAUAAUUUUUUUUUCAUCAAUAUUUUGGAACGUGCAAUACCAGAAUCCAUGUUUGUUUUUUGUUUUUUUUUGUUUUUUUUUUAUUUAACGUAUCAUAUGUAACCAUUGUAUGUGGAAAAUAAUGAAUGUCUAAAAAUUUUUGAAAACAUUUCCUGUGGAAAUACAUUUUAUAAGAAUAUCAUUAUUCUGAUGGCUUUUCCACACCCGCUAGCUUAAUUAUAUUAUUAUUAUUAUUAUACACCACUGGUUUACAUAGGAUAAAGAAUUGUUUUUAACAUCUGGUGCUGCAUACCAGAAACCCAUAACUCUGUAAGACGGAAGCUAAUAAAGAAAUUAAAAUAGA